AAACUAUGUUUGGGCAGGUUGCUGGCAGCAGCAAUUAGCACAAUAUAAGUCCAGAGGAAAAAGUCCAGAGACAGAGCACCAUGGCUUCUGACAGAGGUCCUCCAGCGGGAGAUCCCACAUUGAGGAGAAGAAUUGAACCCUUGGAAUUUGAAUUCUCCUUUGACCCCAGAAACUUCUGUAAAGAGGCCUAUCUGCUCUAUGAAAUCCAGUGGGGCAACAGCCGGGACGUCUGGCGACACUCGGGCAAAAACACCACCAAGCAUGUUGAACGCAAUUUUAUAGAAAAAAUUGCUUCAGAAAGACAUUUUCACCCAUCCAUCAGCUGCUCCAUCUUCUGGUACUUGUCUUGGAGUCCCUGCUGGGAAUGCUCCAAGGCCAUUAGAGAAUUUUUGAAUCAGCAUCCUAAUGUGACCCUAGUUAUUUACAUAGCACGGCUUUUCCAGCACACGGAUCCACAAAACCGGCAAGGACUCAAAGACCUGUUUCACAGCGGUGUGACUAUCCAGGUCAUGAGAGACCCAGAGUAUGAUUACUGCUGGAGGAAUUUUGUCAACUACCCCCAGGGGAAAGAAGCUCACUGGCCAAGAUAUCCCCCUCUGUGGAUGAACUUGUAUGCACUGGAACUCUACUGUAUCAUUUCAGGUCUCCCUCCCUGCUUACAGAUUUCAAGAAGAUAUCAGAAUCAGCUCAGAGUGUUCAGACUUAUUCCUCAAAAUUGUCAUUACCAAAUGAUUCCACCCUGUAUCCUUUUAGCGACAGGGAUGAUACAACUUCCUGUGACUUGGAGAUGGAUAGAAUGAAUUCUUGUGUACAUACUGUUUCAUGAAUAGGCACUGAUGACCCACUAAAGAGUAAGCACCAUUAGAAUUGAGAUAUAUUUAGAUAUUUUUGUAUAUUUCUAUACGCUAACAGCAAAUCACCUGGAAAGGAAUUAAAGGAAACAAUUCCAUUUGCAAUAACAUCAAAAACAAUAAAAUACUUAGGAAUUAAUUUAACCAAGGAUAUGAAAUAAUUUAACCAAGGAUGUGAAAGAUCUUGGUACAUGGAAAUCUAUAAGGCACUGAUGAAACAGAUUGAAGAAGACACAAAUAAAUGGAAAGAUAUCCCAUGGUCAUGGAUUGGAAGAGUUAGUAUUGUUAAAAAACAUCCCUACUAUGCAAAGCCAUCUAUAAAUUCAAUGCAAUCCCUAUCAAGAUUUCAAAGGCAUUUUUACAGAAAUUUUUAAAAAAUCCUAAAUUUUGUAUGGAACAACAAAAGAUCCUAAGGGCCAAAGACAUCCUUAUACACCUGAAGGAAAUGAAAUCACUUGCAUGUUCCUUGUGGUAUUGUUUACAAUAGCCAAGACACAAAAAUAGUCUAAGUAUACGCCAGCAGAUGAGUGGAUAAAGAAGAUGUGGUAUACUGUGGUAUCUAUAUACACAAUAGAAUGUUACAUAGCCAUGAAAAAGAAGAAAUCCUGCCCUUUGCAACAACAUAGAUGAAACUUGGAGGCAUUUUGCUAUUUACAAUAAGUCAGACAAAGACAGCUACUAUAUGAUCUCACUAACAUGUGGACUCUAGAAAAACUGAACUCAUAGAAAGAGAGCAGGUUAGUGGUUACCAGGGGCAGAAGUAAAAGUUGUCAGAGAGUACAAAUUUUCACAGUGUUUUUUUUUUUUUGCUGAGCCUAGUGGCUUGUUGGAUCUAAGUUCCCUGACACAGGAUGGAAUCCAGGCCUUUGGCAGUGAAAGCACAGAGUUCUAACCAUCAGGGAAUUCCUGGGCAAACCUGCGAUUAUGAGACUAAUAAAUUCUGGGAAGGUCAAGUAUA